CAGGGGACAGAUAAGGGCUCUAAGAGGCCACAGUCCUUCUCUCCGAGAAUGCCCAAAGCGUCGUUUGAGCUGAGCGACAUGAAGGCCAACGGCAAAGAGCGACAGGUAAUCGUGCAAGACGACGUUCACGAUGGCGCGACACCUGGCAAGCAAAAUGCCGCGGUGGACUCGACGUACGAAGAGGUCGUUCCCCCGGGACUUAUGUCGGAGGGCACCACCCCCGGGGAAAAUGGUCUGGAUAAUAAAGCGUUUGUGCACGAUGAACAGUACGAAGAACACACUCACAAAGACGUCAAAAUUUCCAUCUACGAGGAUGACGGAGAGGACGUGGAGGAGGCCAUGUUUGAAGAGCUGAUAGAAGAUGGCGGAACUUCCUGUCUACAGAAUCUAGAGAAACUACAAUCAGCAAUCUCCUCCUUCCUAAAUUCACAUAAUAAAAAGCUGUGGCUGGCUCUGUACGCACUUCUCACAGCGGCUUAUGCCGCCUACUUUGGCUAUGCAAUGUGGUAUCAGUUUGGAGACGAAGGCUCAAUACGGCUGCUGUGGGUAUCAUGCCUAGUCACCGCAGGCGUGUUGCUUUCUGUGAUACUCGAUAGAUGGGGCGAUGGUCUGUACCGGACAUGCAUACACCCCGUUUCUGUGUUAAUAGAGAGAAGAGGACGGUACAUACGCUGGAUAAUAGGUGUCGCUGCUGUAUGCGGAGUUGUUGCUGUUCUUAUUCUUGAAGUAGCUUUAAAGCAGCCUAGAAAUCUGUAUUCCGGGAUAGGAAUAAUUGUUUAUGUCAGUCUACUGUGGAUAUUCUCAAAGAAUCCUGCCAGAGUAAAAUGGCGGCCUGUCCUAGUCGGGUUGCUGUUGCAGUUCACAUUCGCUCUCCUGAUACUGCGCACGCGCUGGGGGUUUGAGAUUUUUAAUUGGUUGGGAGCACGUGUUGCAGAGUUUCUGGCCCACACUGAGGCUGGAGCUAAAUUCGUCUUCGUUAAUCUCGAGCCGCACUACUUUGCAUUCGGGAUCCUACCAAUAGUUGUGUUCUUCAGCUCGUGUGUAUCAGUUCUGUUCUACCUGGGCGCUAUGCAAUGGUUAAUAGGCAAGGUGGCCUGGGUAAUGAGAGUUGCCAUGGGAACAACUGCUGCAGAGUCCAUGAACGCAGCCGCUAAUAUAUUUAUUGGACAGAGUGAGGCGCCGCUGGUGAUCCGUCCCUUCCUGGCCAAGAUGACGAGGUCGGAGCUGCAUGCUGUCAUGACGGGAGGAUAUGCUACCAUAGCUGGGAGUGUGCUGGGGGCUUUCAUCGCCUUUGGGGUUCCAGCCAACCAUUUACUGUCGGCUUCUGUGAUGUCGGCACCGGCUGCCCUGGCCAUGGCGAAGUUGUUCUACCCCGAGACCAGGGUAUCCAUCACCACCAUGGCUGAUAUCAAAAAUAUAGAGAAAAGUCCCGAGAGGAACGCCCUACAGGCAGCCUCCAAUGGGGCGUCUAACUCGGUCAAACUGGUGGCUAAUAUAGCUGUCAACCUGAUAGCGUUUCUGGCACUGUUAGACUUUGUUAAUGGAACCCUCACCUGGAUGGGGAACAGAGUGGGACUAGAGAAACUGACUGUACAGAUUAUUUGUUCUUACGUUCUCUGGCCAUUUGCGUUUGUCAUGGGGACUGAUACAGUAGACUGCCGCAAGGUGGCAGAGUUGAUCGGCAUCAAGACGCUCGUGAACGAGUUUGCCGCAUACGAAGAACUAGGGGUGUUGAUUAAUAAUAGAAAGGUUUACAACACGUAUAAUGGAACCGUCAUUGAAAACGGUGAUGAUUUGUUCCUGGAAGGAAUCAACAAGACGCUAAUAGGUGGAGUUCUAAUGGAACGUUCAGAGGUUAUCUCCACGUAUGCACUGUGCGGGUUUGCAAACUUUAGCUCCAUUGGUAUAAUGCUGGGCGCCUUUGCCGCCAUGGCUCCACGCCGGAAGUCCGACUGCGCCAAGGUUGUCGUAAGGGCAAUGAUUGCCGGAAACGUGGCCAGUUUUACGACAGCUUGUAUAGCAGGGCUCUUCUACGAACCUUCUCUCGGAUGAACCUCAUCCGUCGUUACAGAGCAAAUAUGUCUUCAACAAAACAAGAAAGAAGAGCGAACAGCUUAGGAUAGAUUGACAAAGUCCAUUUGAUAAAUACUUUUGCCAUGGAAAUAUUGUUUUCUUAAAAAGUGUGACAGGAGAGCAGCUGUUUUAUUUUAAUCGUUUCACUCACAGAUUUUUAACGUUCUGUCCACCAGUACGUGCAAUGGCACCAGGACUGAAAGCAAAAAAAUAAUUAUUUCAGAUUCUUGACGUACUCUAUUAUCAGUUUUUCACCACAAUAUAUAUAUGUCACCAACGAAAACAUAAUUCGAUAAAUAAACACAGGGUUUUUUUAAUCAA